CUCUCUCUGUCUCCCCUUCCCUCUCUCUCUAUCUCUCUUUUCUUCUCCCUCCCCCUCUCUUCCUCUGGGAGGUAGCUAUUUAUUCAGUUACAGGGACGUGUGUGCGUGUGUCUUUCUCUGUCUCUAUAGACUGACUGACUCACUGACCGCGCUACGUUACUUCAAAGGGCACAAUCUCUCGCUCUCUUUCUGUCCCCCUUUCGCUCCCCCUUUCUCCCUCUCUCUUUCUCCCUCUCCCUCUCUCUCUCUCUCCCUCUCCCUCUCUCUCUCUCUCUCGGCUGAAUGGAGAAGGCAGAAUUUGCAGGUUCGUUGCCGGGGCCUUGCCUGGUUGCCGGGGAUGUAGCUGCCUUGUCGGGAGAGAUGCGGGGUGCAGGCGAGGAGUCGGCGGGGACAGUCAGUUCCAGACUGUUCCGCUGUGUGUGUGUCCGCCGUUGGAUACCCCUGGCCUACAGAGAGGAACUCUACCACGUACUGACACUCACAGGACCUCUGCUGGUGUCUCGGAUCCUGAACUUCUUGCUCCCGUUCGUCAUCACCAUAUUCUGUGGUCACCUUGGCAACACAGAGCUGGCAGGAUACGCACUGGGCUCCGCGGUGCUCAAUGUGACCACUACCGCUACGGGCUACGGGCUGGCUCUGGCCUGUGACACGCUCGUCUCUCAGACAUUUGGCAGCAGUAACCUGCACCGUGUGGGGGUGAUCCUGCAGAGAGGAGUGCUGAUCCUGCUGCUGUUCUGUCUGCCCUGCUGGGGCCUCCUCAUCAACGCCCAAAACAUCCUACUAGCCAUGAAUCAGGAGAAGGAGGUGGCACGGAUCGCCCAGCUUUAUGUGAUGAUCUUCCUGCCUGCUGUUCCUGCUAUGUUCCUGCACCAGUUGCAAACAACUUACCUACAGAACCAGGGGAUCAUCCUACCUCAGGUGUACACAGCAGCAGCAGCUAACCUCAUUAACCUGGCUGUCAACUACAUCUUGAUCUUCAGCCUGGAGAUGGGAGUCAUAGGCUCUGCUAUAGCUAACAGCCUGUCUCAGAUCACCAUCUGUCUGUUACUCUACUCAUACAUCUGCUGGAGAGGCCUCCACAAGAACACAUGGGCAGGCUGGUCCAGUGAGUCCCUCCAGGAGUGGGGUUCCUACAUGCAGCUGGCCAUCCCCAGCACCCUGAUGGUCUGCUUCGAGUGGUGGGUCUGGGAGAUAGGAGGCUUCCUGGCUGGUAUGCUAGGAGAGGUGGAUCUUGCAGCACAGCAUGUCUUGUUGGAGAUAGGAGCCAUUACCUACAUGUUCCCUCUAGGUGUCCAUGCGGCUGCCUGUGUGCGUGUGGGGAACGCUCUGGGAGCAGGAGACACCUCCAGGGCUCUACUCACCUGUAAAGUAGCCCUGGUGCUCUCAGGAGUGCUGGCUGUGUUCCAGGGUAUAGCCAUUGGUAGCUCCAGACAUGUCUUAGGCUACAUCUUCACCUCAGACCAAGCUAUAGUGGACAACGUAUCAGUGAACCUGGGGCUGUACACAUUCAUACAGUUCUUUGAUGCUCUACUGUGUGUGUGUUCAGGGAUCCUGGUAGGAGCAGGUAAACAGAAGAUAGCUGCUCUGUCUAACCUGGUCUCGUACUAUUGCAUUGGCCUUCCAGUUGGCAUCGCUCUGAUGUUCGCUGCCAAGCUCAGGAUACUAGGUUUGUGGGCGGGUCUCUUUCUCUGUGUCAUCCUCCAGACUGGGUUCUUCAUUGUCGUCAUCUUCAAACUCAACUGGCAACACGUAACCAAGGAGGCCCAGGUGCGUGCUGGGAAGAGAGGGCUGGGAACGUGUGUUCCAGCGAAGCCUCCUAUUGGUCAGCCGCUGAUUAAAACUCUGCUUCCAGAAGGCUCUCGAAGCACUGACAUGUCCCAGCCAGAGGGCGAUGAAUCCAAACCGCCUGGUUACACCCAGGGAGGAGGAGGAGGAGGUGAGGAGGAGGAGCAGGAGGAGGAGGGCCCAGGUGUCCAGUCCAAAGGUCUGCUGUCUGCCUCCCAGCUGGUUCUGAGGAGAGGUUUCACUAUGCUGGCUGCAGUACUCCUCCUAGCCACAGGGGUCGCUGUUCACCUGGCCUGUCCCCCUCCUGCACUCUCCAUCCACAGCCGCUCCAACCUCACCUUGGACUGGACCAACUCCUCCACCCCCACACCCCCCCUGGAGCUCAACUCACCCCUCUGAGACAGGAGAGGAGGGACUGGGUUGUCUCUCUGCAGGGAGUGUAUGAAGUGUACAGCACAGCGCUGGGGUCCUGAGACUCUCCUGACCACUGACCUGUCAAACCUCAGGUCAGAGGAACAGCUGCCCCCGUCUCCUCUCCCCCGUGGCCGUCUGCACUACUGUUCCUUCUGAAGAUAUGCUUUCAGUCUCCUAACAUGUUUCCAAUAUAACUGUCUUUCAUUGUGAUGUCACCUCAGCCUAAUGUUGACUUCAACAGUUUUAAUCUAAUUUCACUGGAAGCAUGGAAUCAGUGUAAAUGUCUGAUGUCCAAUCUAUGGGAUUGUUUCCAAUUGUAUGUUGAUAUAUUUGCACUUGUUUCUACUGUGUAUAGCUAAAUCACUGCAAUUGGCCUACUACCAGUUGAAACAGUGCUUUCAAAUUGUCAAAUAAUAGACUAACAGUGAGUUCUCAUUGAAAUGUCCAGCCCAAUGACAAGUGGUCAAAUCAAUAAAAAAAAGUAUUCUAUU